GCAAGGAGUACUUCGAUGUUUUCUACGGCAUCGAGCCGUUGGCCUGGGCUUUCUGCGGCUUCUGCAUCGUCUACUACGGCGCGGUGCUCAAGAACGCAGCCCAGAAGUACAACAUCCCGCCCGCUCCGGUGCCGCCAAAGGUCGGCGGCUUCGUUGGCAAAGAGGUCGAGAACUCGGAGCCCAGCUACAUGGACCCCUCCAUCAAGCAGGGUCCCUAUUGA